AUGCAAAGAUAAUAGUACUAAGACUUAACAAUCACAUCAACAACUUAGAUCCAUUUCCCGGCUACUCAUCAGCCUCAGCCAGGAGCUUUCAGAGUACCUUCUCCUAAAAAGGCCUAGAAACUUAUGGUCUAAGCUGCCAAAGAAAAUUUCAUUUACAAACCCAUGCCAAUCUCCUCGCCAAUUCUCAGCCUCAGCUACUUCAAUCAAUUUCUGCUAAACCAAACGACUCAAAACUUCAUCACCUAGAGUUUGAGAAAUCAAGCUCAUUCACCCCCUAAUGAGUCUACAAACGAAUCAUCAUUAGUGUAACUAAGGAAUUUAGUUCCAGAGUAAAAGAAACUAAAACACGUCGAUGAUGUGACUUAGCUCUAACAGCUAAAUUCAUAGAGCUCUAGCUGUUCAGAACUUACAUCGACUAGUAAGAUUUUAGGAAAGCGCAAAAGAAAAUCUGAGCGUGACCUAUCCUUUUUGAGAACUGAGCUCAAGAAAGAUUUCUUAUGGAGUAGAGAAAAGAUUAAUCAGAUAUCUAAAAAGCUUGAUAUGAAUGAGACCUAAGUUUAUAAGUGGUGGUGGGACCAGACUCGCAAAAGAUAGAAAAUCUUAAGCAAAAGUGAGAGAGAUUUUAUCAAAAAUGUGAAGAAAUCCGUCUCCAACAUCAGUUAAGAAAACAGUGAAGAAUUAAUGGGAGAUGCAAGUGAGUUCUUGAUCCCUUCAACAGAUGAAUUCGGAGGCUACAGUAGUAGACUAAGACUUCACGAAGUCCUAAUAAACUAAAAUGAGCGCGAGGAGCAGGCAAAUCUAGAGUAAAAUUUGUGCAAACUCCUCGGAAUUGAUAUUGAAGCAAUGGCAUUAGCCAUCAUAAUGGAAGAUAAGAAAAAAAUGCAUCUUUCAUAGUAACGACUAACUGUCACUGCCAGUUCAUCCUUAUGA